AAAAAACAAUUGACAAUCGUUGUUAGGCAACGAUUAGCAUAUUUUUUCUAUGCAAAUGUUUAUUAAUGUGUCAGCCAUAGUGCAAUCAAUCCCGCACGAAAAAAAAAUGUUUAAAACUUUUUAAUUAACAGCAAUAUUAUUAUUUUUUUUUCAAAAUUAUAUUAGUGAUGAAUUAAAUUCAAAAGGAAAAUUUCACAAUCCACAAAUUAACAACGGGAAAGAAGAAAAAAAUCUCGAGCCGAGGAAAUUUUCUUUCGCGAACAUCGUGAUAUGACUCAUCUCCAUAAAAAGGAUUAAAUAUGAGUUCUAAUGGUGUUCCAAAAUUCGCGGCUCUAGUAUUUAAUGCGAUUCGCCGACUCCAAGAUGUUCAGGGUUCGACUACAAAAGAAAUAAAUAAUUAUAUUGCUCAAGAAUAUAAUGUUCCGAAUAAGGAUAUUCGCAGACAAGUCCAACUUGCCCUACGUCGGGGACUCUCCUACGGAAUUCUUCAACGCGCAAAGGGUGGUUACUACGUUUGCAACAAAUUGAGUCCCACGAACGCGUUAAAAGAAGUGCAAGACGAAAGUGCAUUCUGCUGUAAAUAUGGAAGAUCGAGAAAGAAGAAAAUGAAGGUGAAAAAAAGAGCGGGUUGCAGAAGUGCGAGUCGAAGGAAAAGUCGAAGCAGAAAAGCGGGAUGUGGUUGCAAACGAAAAUCAAGACGCAAGAGUAUGAAAAGAAAAUGUGGUACACGCAGAUCUAGAAGUAGAUCAAAAAGAAGAUCGCGAAAAAGUAAACGCAGUUGCAGAUCAAUGAAGAGAAGUUCCAAGAGCAUGAAACGAAAGAAGAGUAAGAGGAGCAGUAGUCGCAGUGGAUGUCCAAGAAAGCCAAAAUGUGGCAAAAUAAAUAUAAACAAUCCGGAAAGUAAUAAAGAAGGGAACCCGAAUUCGGCUACGUCACUAAAUUCCGCAACUAUACCUGGAAGACCGGCCUCUUCAAAUCGAUGUGCAGAUGAAGAUUGAGCGCACCGGAAGUGACAUCGUGACAAGAACCCAAGAAAUCGAAAAGUCUUAAAUCAUAUUUUUUUUUUCAAAUUCAAAUCAUCAAAGUGUGGGACACAUUUUUUUUAUACAUUUAUACCUAGAUUUCU